AUCACCUUCGUGUACGAGCCUCGGACAAGAGGCCCAUGUUAACAACGGAUCUCACCGACGAGGCGUAUGGAAUACUGAAUCGAAUACGUGUCUUCUCACCAGGGCAAUGGGCUGGGUACAAGUCGGCGCCGAACGAAGAAUGGGUAUUCCUGGGAAACAUGCAACAGACAUCCAUAACUUUGUACUGCAUUAGUUCGCUUCAGAACCUGUCGGUUCUGCCUUCAAUUAGAUUUCUGACGGAUGUGCGUAUGGCAAAUGCCAAGCUUUUGCGGGUAUUUCUCGGCGACAGCCUGCUUUCCCCAAGAAUCAACAGGUUCAUGGUCUGGGCACUCGUUGUACUCGGCGUGUAAGCUACAGAUGACGCAGUGCUACGUGUAUUUGUCCAGGAGAAACUGCAGAGCUUGAAAUACUCUACAGGCACAUACGUGCCACCCAUGGCGAAAGGUCUCUUAGAGAUCUUCUGGCCAUCGGGAGAGACGCGUUGGAAGGCUUGCUUCAACAGACCGUACACAUUCGUGAUGUAUAUGGUGGUGGAUGUCAACAAGUUGCGCUAGGCAGGAACCUCACUUAGUACCUAAUCGAUCCACAAAUUAUGGCCUUGUUGUUUCGGACAGUUAUAGCUGUCGUAAUGGAAAUGAUUACAGCUCGUGCAGUUCACUCUAUAUGACCAGGCAGAAUCGGUAGUAAGGAUGUGGAGGCCACUGACUUAUUCAAAUGAGAGGUAAUCUACACUUAUUACGCCAUUGACCACAGCAUAUAAGAUUAGCGCAAGAACACUAGGUAAACAAAGGCGAUCGCCAAGCACAUAAACGAGAGAGAAAAAGUCUUCACAAUCCCAACAAACAUUUUUUUUUCCCGGACGAUUCCCGAGCGUCGCAUCUGGUGACUUGUGCCAAGGCUGGUCCACUUCAACCCCCAACCUCGUAGCAGAAUUCAUAAAUGAUAGAUCCUUUAUAAACCAUGAGCAGGUGAGUAGUACUUGGUGUCACCUAAUAGCCUAGGGGGACAAGGAGC